GUCGCGCACCGUCGACCGCGACUGACGUUCCUAUAAUCGUGUCUCACUUUCAACACACUCCGCUCCAGCGCGCUGUGUUUACUCGAAUUUAUAAACAAAGCUGACCGACGAUCGUGUUUGCUGACGCCACAUCGAAUCUCCGUCUCAAAAAGUGAAAGUUUUUUUCCAGUCAUUAAACCAACCGGUAUUACUGAAACGAAAACAUCGGCGUACCUGUCGUAAUUUGAAGCUUCGAAUACAGUUAAAAACGUGUUGCGUCAUUGACGAGUGAUUAUGUAGAUCGAUAAUGAAUCUUCGAUAGAUCGUGCAUCAAUUGAAGAAGUGACACCUCGCGGACUAAUAGUGCAUUAGCAGGAAAGAAACAGUUUUUUUAUUGGAGGUGUUACGUCGUCAUUCGAUAGCAUUGUUAUGGCCUAUGACGUUGGCGGGAAACGAACGAGUUAGAAGCUGCCAUGAUGGAAUUUGGAGAAAUUUCAAGAACGCCGAGGAUAGUUCGUAUGUGUUGUGAGAUACGAUGAACCUGUUGGUAAGUAUCGUGGAUUGCCGUCGCGUGGACCAGAAGCGGGAAAGCAACUGCUGGAGGAGAAGUUACUGGUAGCCAGGAAAAAAAGGUAGCGAGUUCCGGUGGUGUGCAUAGAUCGAGGAGGCAAGUGAAAUCACGACGUCUUGCUCGGAGGGUGCGUGUUUGGGCGACGAGGGGCGGCUACUGGCCGAUGGGAUGCAUCUACCGGUGGGUUCUGUGGGCUGCGGGGAAAAUUACGCCACCGUUGGAUCCCACGAAGGCGCCGGCCCGUGCGGCCCCUCACUGGCGCCUCUCCAGGGGGUGAACACCAGGUACCAGCAGGCCGACGACGCCGACGCCGGGGGUGGAGGUGGCGAGAUGAGCGAGGGUGCCGCCGUCGGCGAGCUGUGGUGGACCGAGAGACUCGUCGGCGAGGCACAAGCUGAACAUCCUGGUGAACUAGUACGAACAGGAUCACCGUAUUUUCUCUGCAGUCAACUGCCAACUCACUGGCGGUCCAACAAGACGCUUCCUGUGGCGUUCAAAGUUGUUGCACUAGGCGAAGUCGUCGAUGGAACUCUGGUGACAGUACGAGCGGGUAACGACGAGAACUGUUGCGCUGAACUGAGAAAUUCCACUACCUUGAUGAAGAACCAAGUCGCCAAGUUCAACGACCUGAGGUUCGUUGGGAGAAGUGGCAGGGGCAAAAGCUUCAGUAUCACGAUCACAGUAUCAACGACACCACCCCAAGUGGCCACGUACACGAGAGCCAUCAAGGUGACUGUCGAUGGGCCCAGAGAACCACGUUCCAAAACGAAUAUCCUGAACAGGCACGACGCGAUAGCCAUGUCAAACCUUUGUGAUCCAACAUUUGAAGAGAUCCUUGCUGCUCCGAUGUUGAAUCUAGCGAACAACGAUCCUCGUUCAGGGCAGACACAUAUCCCUGGACUGGCGCGAGUUCCUGCACUGCCCCGGGUUCCUGGACUGGCGCGAGGGACCUUCCCCGACGCAUCAAGCCCGUUCACUCCCUACCUACGGGAAUCAGAACCGUACAGGAGGAAUAAGCAUCACGUCGGCAACAACGUCACCGCGAAUUCGGUUAGUGGUGCCUGUACCAACCCCAACAACACCGAUCCGACCGCAUCGCCUGCUUCCAGUACACACCUCGGAGCUAAUAGUGGCUCCUCGGCUCAUCAAGAUUGCUACAAACACAGUCCUCAGCACGGUGAUACAAGUACGGGUACUGCAGAGUGGACUUACCCAUCGGCAGCACCAUCUUAUCCAGCUCCUCCGGUAAGCAGCGGUGGUUCGUUUUCACCGAUUCCUGGAGGGGCAUUCUCGUAUCCUGGGGAGGCCCUUUCUCAUCAUCCAACGACAGAACCGGUACCAUUACCCACCGUUCUUCCGUCAGACAGUCAACAGGACACGUACACACCGAACUGCGUUUCCAUGUAUCCAAGUCACGGUACAUCGUCCACCUCGUUACCACUGGUACCCACCAAGUCCAGUGAUCCAGACAUCUUUGCUGGCAGCGGGACAGGCAGCGGUAGUCCAGGUUAUCACUACGGUUCCUGGACGUCUGGACCGGCUACCCCAGUUCCAGUCGCCUCUCACAAUUACAAUCCAAACUACCAGGGCUACUACAACAAUCCAAGCCAAAAUUACAUAAGCCCAGCGCCUAUGGUUCUCUAUCCGCAGCUGUACAGCACGGUGAACCAGAAUCAGAUUCAUUUGCAUCUUCACGGCGACUUGAGCGAGGAACAAGUGACAAUCGCUGGGAGCAAUCUGACGAUCAGCAGCAACAGGCUGGAGAUCGGUGUCAUGGGCGAGGAGAACGAGCAGAGGAACGACGUUUGGAGACCUUACUGAAGAGACAAACUCAGAGGAUUCAGGUUCAAUUCAGUGAUCUUAAGGCUUGGUACAAAGUAUCGAUGCUGUGCUCUCGGUUCGCUGUUCUGUUCUGGAAACGAUUGUACUCAAAUGGAGAUAGUCCAUUCUCAAAUUCGUUAUUUAACGAUCUCUGAUUUUACAUACCUGCUUUCGAGACAUAAACGUACAUGUGACGUACCUUUAAUUUCAAGCCAGUUACAGCUUAUUUAAAUCAUUAAGGACCAAUGAUUUACGCUAAUACAACAUUUCAUUUGUGAUUCUUUUCAAUUUUUUUGUCACGUUUAAUUUCGUGAACUUCCUUCAUCCUUCAGGGAAGCUUCAUAAUAUCACCUUUCAGAAGUUUCUGUGGUUUGUUAACAAAAUAUUUUUCAGAGUGCGUUUUUACGUCAUUUAUUAAGAUAGAUUUUUUACCACGAGGAGAAUUCUUUAAUGAAAGGAACGAAUAAUUAUCAGACGUGGCAGUAUCCGAAGGAUGAAAUCAAAUUCCCCAAAAAAAUUUUGAGCUGUCUGACAGCAAUGACUUGAUUUAAGGAAACUGAUUGUUUAUAAUUACAGAAUUGUUAUCAUCGUAGAACGAUAAAUGAUAAAUUAUAUACAAACCUUCAACAAUUUGAUGAACACUUUAUCUGAAAGUAAAAAAAUUUUAAAAUCUUCAAUCUUAUAUUACAAUUGAAAUUGUUUAAUAGUAUACAAGAUUACUUAAAAUCAUCACUAGAUCGAUCAAAGAUUGAAGCUUUACUUACAAUAUGGAUACGUACAAUCUACAAUCUAAACAAUAAAAUAAUAUUCGCAAACAGAUUGUGAGUGAACCGCAAGCGAGUCGAUAGUAUGAAUCGAGCCUAAAUAUCGUUCGACGAAUGAUAUCGACAAACUGAAGGAAAGAGAAACUUUACCAGUGUUAUAAAUGUGAUAUCGAUGAAUGCUGAUGCUUUCAAGGAUUUGAUAGUGCUUGGAGGAAAAAAAAAAAAAAUGAAACGAUGGAUUUUUCGCGGUAACGAUAACGAUUAAGAGAAAUGGAUGGAUCAAUUGAUCGUGAGAAAGUCGCGAAAGUGUUAAGAUCUGGAUGUGUGAGAUCGAUCGUGUUGAUCCUGAAAGGAGCGUGUUAGAGGGAUCAGGGCUCGAUACAUGGUUGUAAACCGAGCCAGCGUGUACGUGUAUCCGCAAAGUGGGAAGACAGUCAUGUAACAUUGUAAAUACAGAUAUUUUCCAUGAAAUAAAAUCUCGCCUGAACAGGU